AUGGACGUGACUGUCGUGACGCUCGUCACAGUCAACGCGCUGACCGACACGGGACAGGUCGUCGUCUGUGGCAUGGGUGUCGUUGUGGGCGUCGUGGUAGGCGUCACCGUCGUCGUGCUCGGUCUCAGGCACGCGCAGGCGCUGGAUAUCCUGGCUGCUCUACCAUCGCACCCCGACGCCAGUGCCCGUAACGUUAUAUCCCAACCCGGCGGGCCGCGACUGGAGGCUGACAGCGAGUUUCCGGGCUGCAAGUGGGAACCCGGGGGGGUUGUGGUCCCAUUCUGGGCUGGACAAGUGAUGAAGCAGGCUACAGGCUGCAGCCGGGCUCCAUCGUGGGAGGCGUAUGGCGGUCGUUCAGUGUGA